AUGGCGCCCCUGAUCCCCUCGGCCGAGAUCCGGCUCUCCUACCCUCUGUACGCCCUCGAUUUCGACCCUCAAGAUGCAAACAGACUGGUCGUUGGUGGCGGAGGAGGGGCAGGCGGAACGGGAGUAGGAAACCAGAUCAGCGUCCUCGACACGUCGACAAAGGAAGCCCUUCAGGUCGUCUCCGAAAUCGAACUCAGUCGCGCGGAAGACAGCGUCAACACUAUUGCCGUGGGCCCGCGCAAGAAGAAUUCAGUUCCGGUGUAUGCUGGCAUCAACUCGAGCGAGGAUGACAUCAAGAAGGGGAAGAAUGAACACUUUAGGGUAUUCUCUGCCGAUCUACCGUCAAAGACCAAGGCUGCUGCUGGAGGACCAAAGAUCACCGAGGUGUCGAGGUCUUCGUUCUUUACGACAAAAGAUACCGAGGCUUAUCAGAGGGUUUUGAGGAUAUCACAGCCGUACGAGGGGGUGAAGCAGAUUGGAGCUGCCGCGACGGGUGUCUACCGGGCUGCGAAGGACCCGCAAAUUGCCAUCUUUGAUAUUCCCUCUGCGAACGGAAACAACACGGCGCCAAAGUUGAGGGGGAACCUGGAGUUGGUCAAGGAGGCGAUGGACUUGGACAUCAUCCAGAUCAGCGGCGACGAAUACCAGCUUGUCUACUGCGACGACUACGACAUCCACACGCUUGACAUCAGCAACAAGGGUGACUCCAAAGACUUGCACACCGUCUGGACCAUGCCACACGACGAGUCAAUGGGUGCCAAAGCCCGGCCUUCCUUCAGGUCGAUCCGUUACCUCACGCCCACCUUUGUCCUCUGCGUCGCCAACCUUCCCCAAGCAGGCGGUUCCGUCCUCCAGGGCUUCCGCCUCCCCAACCCAGCCGACGUUGGCAAGGAGGGAAAAGAAGGAAGAGCCCGCCUCGCGCUCUCGGUUCACCUCCCCAAAAACGUCCGCCGCGGCACCGGUCUGGCGGUCCGCAACCUUUCCCCUCCCACAAGCCCCUCCCAAGAACAGGGCGACGCCCAGUUUGUCAUCGCCGUCACGGGACAGGAUAGCUCCAUCACCCUCUACACCCUUGAACACCAGGCUCUCGCCGGUUUGACGCUGAUUGCCAACUGCCACAUCAUCACCACCCUCAAAGAAGUCCACCCCGGUCCGAUCUCUGGCCUGGCCUUUUCGACUUUUGUGCCCCCAGCAUCGGGCUCAAAGGUGCCCGCUACGGUUAAGCUAGCGUCGAUUGGCUCGCUGGGGAACACGUGCGUGGUUCACACCAUCCCACUCAAGAAGCUGCCCUCGUCUAUUACGGUCUCUUCUAGUGUGAAGUCGCUCGUGCCAGCGAGGUAUGUUGUCGCACUAAAGUCGCACGGCCCAGGACACAAGGGGUUCUUGUCGUUUAUUGCCAUCUCUGCCAUUGUCAUUGCUUUGUUGGCGCAGGCGCUGAUGGAGAUUAAUGGCCUUGCGCCGCCGUAUUUGGGGACGAAGAAUGUUGUUCCUGCGAGCUGGCAGGCGCCGUAUAUGAAGGGUUUGCGGGAGGAGCAGGCGAGGCUCAAAAAGGAAGGGGGGGGGCAGUUGGCGGAUAUUUUGGGGCAGCCUAGGGAGGGGGUGCCGAGGGUGGUGAUUAAGCAGCAGGGGGAGUGGGAUUCGGCCAUGGCGGAGGGGGCCGGGGCGGUGAAGAUGGUGCUCAAGCAGGAGGAGGGGAGUGGGGAGGUGAAGAUGGUGGAGGAGGAGAAGUUGGGGGAAGGGGAAAAGGGGAAAGAAUGGGAGGAGCUGCCGGUGGAGCAGCAGGAGUUGUGGAAGAAGGCGCUCAAGAAGGCGGGGCAUUGGGGGGAGGAUGUGGGGGAGGCGGUCUUUAAGGGGGUGUUGUUUGGGGAGAUUGGGGGGUUGGUGGGGGCUUUUGUUAGGGGGUAG